GGAGAGAUGGAGGGGGAAGGAGACAGAGAUGACAAACAGAGGGACAGUACGGUCCACAGUCUGUCCUCCUUCUCCUCCUCUCUGCGCGCCGUCAUACGCAUCAAACAGAAGUACCAGGCCAUGAAGAAGCGGCGUCAGGAGAUGGCGCUCGGGCUGGACGGAGCCGUGACCUUCUCAGGGGCUCCGGCGCGGACCAGCCCCAAAAUCUUCACCUUCGACGCACUCACCCCUUCCUCCAUCCCCGCCCUGUCGUCCUCCGUCCUCCAGAGGAAAAAGAGGAGAAAGAGGAGGCGGGUGAUGUUUCCCAACGGAGGGCAGCGGAGAGCUCCACCAAAGCAGGAGCAGAGCCGAGCCAAAUACUGCCUCUACCUGCUCUGUGCCAUCGUCUUCCUGCAGGUGUACAACGCCAUCGAGAACCUAGACGACCACGUGCUCAGAUACGACCUGGAGGGGCUGGAGAAGACGCUGAGGAGGGAGGUGUUUGGACAGCAGGGAGCGGUGGAGGGUCUGCUGUCCCAUCUGAAGGACUACCUGUCCACCUACGUCCACAACAAGCCCCUGGUGGUUUCCCUGCACGGCCCCAGCGGCGUGGGCAAGAGCCACCUGGGACGCCUCCUGGCGGGACACUUCCGCUCCGUGGUGGGGGAGACGCUGGUGCUGCAGUACUACGUCCUGCACCACUGCCCCCAGGAGGCCAACGCCCUGCAGUGCGCCGGCGACCUCUCCGCUCUCAUCUCGGGGAUGGUGGAACGCGCCGAGGAGGAGGAGAAGAUCCCGCUCUUCAUCUUCGACGAGGCCGAGCACAUGCACGACGAGAUCCUGGACGCGCUGUGGCAGCUGGUGGCCUCCAAACAGUCCAACGAAUACCUGAACGCUAUCUACCUGUUCCUGAGCAACCUGGGCCACGCGCACAUCACCAAACAUAUGCUACACAACUCCUCAAGUAUUUCUAUGACGAUGACGGCGUCCGGUCGUCAUAGUAAUCUCGUCAAAGAGCUGACGCCAAUAUUACGCAGCACUCUGAAGAAGCUUCACUCGCUGUGGACGGAGGUGGACAUCUUACCUCUGGGCCUUCUGGAGAAAGGUCACGUGAUGGAGUGCUUCCUGGAUGAAAUGACUCGGGAGGGGUUCUACCCGGAUCAUACCAACAUAGAGCGCCUCGCAGGGGAGAUUGAAUAUUACCCCGCUGUGGGGGGGCACGAGUAUUCCCAGACAGGCUGCAAGCAAGUGGUGGCGAAGGUCAACCUGCUGUGACGCGCUGCGAGGGAAACGUUUGUGACGCUUCACGUUCCUCAAAGCGCACGAGAGAGGUUACGAAACUUGAACAGCACAACUCGGAGCCAAACGUGUGAAGAGAAGCGAGAAAAAGAGGAACAGCUUGUUCUCACAGCAGCGAGGACGUCCGGCUCUGCUGCACGAGUCCUGUGAGGACGCAUGAAAACGGACGGACUACAAACAUUUUAUUUUUUAUUAAAAGGCCGGUUCAGACAGUUCAACAUCCUCACUUACUCUGGUCGAACCUGUCCAUGCAGAAGGUUUUGAUUUUAUUUUAGUUUCAGAUUUCUGCCUCCACCCAUACGAUUCAUUUCCACCGGGACUAUUUCUUCAGUGUAUUUCACAUGAAAACUGUCGACAGUGAGGUGUUUGUAUUUCUGCGGACUGAAACAUAUCAGCAGUAACUGGAUGGACUGAAGCGAAACUUUGUUCAGACCUUCAUGUUCCCCUGAGGAUGAAUCCCACUGACUCUUCCUGCCGUGCCACCAGCAAGUCAAAUUUAUCACUUAUCUGGUGAAAUAAAAACAAAUGUGCUUGAUGUAUUGCCACAAAACUUGGUUCAGACGUUCAUGAUCCCCCGACAAUGAACCCUGUUUACUGAAGCGAUCCUCUCGUGCAACCAUCAGGUCAAACUGCAGCCAUUUAAAUAAUGUCAUUAUUCCAGCUUUGCAAAUGAGGUUCCGUGGAGUGGAGGCAGAAAUCUCCAAAGACAGAUAUUUAAAAAUGGCUGGAUACAACUAGAGAUGAUUGAAGACAUUUGUUUAUUUGGGAUUUGGGUGAACUGACCCUUUAAUUAUGUCGCAGUUACUGUAUUGGCAGCUCAACCAGACAUGAAUAAUGAUGGAAACAACAAACAGUGAAGGACACGUUAUACUGGUUAUUGUGUGGUAUAAAGGAGAAAAACAGGAACCUGAUAUACAAGGCUUUAGGGGAUGAGUAAUAUUCAUUCAUUAAUAUAUAACAGGAAGUUCAGGUAUUUAUAAUACAUCAUUUACUAAGAAGUCCUUUUUUUUCCCUGUUCUACUGUGAAUGCAGCGUGACUUUUAUUAAUGCAAGUCAAAAUCUGCAACUUAUGAACCUGUGGAUUCACUUCAAUAUACAAAACUGCAGUGACCUGCAGAUGAAAAGCAGCUUGUAGCUUCUCAUCAGACGUGAGCAGGAAGCGUCUUCUUCUCUUUGCCCGAGAACAUGUGCUCACUGUGUGUGGUUUAUUUAUCGAAGAAGGAUGUUGUUUGCAUUGAUGUACUAUAUGUUCAGAUAUGACAGACUGGCGCUAGCAUCAAGGUUUCAUUUUUAACAGGUGGAUAUGUUAACGUCCCGUUUUCAUGUCAGUCCAAAUAUUUCUAAUAUGAACUUAAAUGUGUAGUAAACGCCUUGAAAUUAAAGACUCCAUUUAAACGUG